UUCAAAUCUCUAUCUACCGAACUAUUAAGUACGUACAUAUGCAGUACGUAUGUAUUUCAUGCGCAUCCACUGGAGUGACGUAACCCAGCCGCCCUGCCGUCCCUUCAGGUGAUCCUUCGAGUGCAGGAGCGACGCGCGUUCAUGUCGCCCAUGAAACUGGCCAUCAUGCCUCAUCUCCUCGAGCUCUACGACUUCACGACCGUCAUCGAGCCCGCGACCCUGGGCUUCAGCAUGGCCAAGCCCACCCUUAAGCCGCGCUGGCAGAGCCUCUACUACCCGCUCACCGAAGGUGUCUGGGCCUCCAUCCUGGCGGUGCUCGCGCUGGUGCCCGUGGCGCUAAUCCUGAUCACUCGAGCAGGCGGCCGUAUGGGAAGCCAAAGUAUCAGUAGCAUGCAGAGGCUGGUCCUCGAGGUGGCUGGGUCUCUCGUGAGUCAGAGUUCCUCAGGGCGAGGGUAUGACACCUCGUCCACUCGGGUGCUGUUCGCCACUUGGCUCAUCUUCUCCUUCAUCGUCAGCACCGCCUACAGAGGAAAUCUCACCGCAUUCCUUACGAUUCCCAAGUACCCGGAUCGACCUGAAACCCUCGAGCAGUUCAUACAGACAGGGGCUAAAGCGACAUACCCGCCUGAUGUCGUUGACUUUUACAAUAACUUCAAGAAAUCGGAUUCCUAUUUAUAUACAACCCUUGCAAGUCGCAUGACAUUAGUUCCUAACUUCCAAGUCGGACUUCAAGAGGCUAUUGAUCUUGGCCAAGGCUAUUUCUACGAGCGGAUGUCUCUAAAGCUAGCGAUCGAAGAGUACUUCACGUCCGCCGAUGGGACCACCAAGCUGUACGUGGCCGGCCAGAACAUCUUGCCCGCGUACUGCGCCUGGCCCAUCCCCUGGGGCGUUCCGUACAAGGAGAAGCUCAACCAGUUUAUCAUGGCUUUUCAGGCUGCUGGACUGAUCGAGAAAUGGACCGAAGACGUCCUGAAGGGAGCGCACAAGAAAAACACCGCCAAACAGCGCCAAGGAACGGCUACGGACGAGAUGGAAUCGGAUGACGACAGGGAGGACAGCAGCAGCCGAGGGAUCAUGGCGCUGACGCUGACACACUUACAGGGCCCGAUCUUCUUGCUGUUGCUCGGCCUCCUCGUCUCAAGCCUUGUCUUCUGCGUGGAGGUGUUGGCUUCGUGGAUCCUGAAGGAGUAACUUGUACAGCUGGUAAUGGCUAGCUUCUGGAUUUUAAUGACGACUGGAUAACGAGAGAAAAAAAAAAGCAAAUUUGAUUCGUUUCCUUCUUCAGCCAUAUCAACUGUAUUGCAUUUAUUCCGUUCCUAUCUCUUUAUCGUCCAUGUAUGUUCUAUAGCUUAUCCAAAUUAUGAUACAGAUGUACUUCACACUUAAAGCUAGACUUUCUGGGAUUCAUACAUUAUAAUCGGCAUCUUGCCAUUAAUCACUUAGAAUA